AUGAGACUUUCGUUUGGUAAACAGCGUUAUCAUGGCGGUACAACAGUAACUUUGACUGAACAAGGAGCUUCAGAUUCCCUUCGCGCUGCGCAAGCUAUCUUCCAGAACCAUUCCAAUGAGGUCAGCAGUCCAUGCCCUCCAGUAACGGUGAGCAGGAAUCCUCAAACUAGGUUAUCAGAGCCAUCGCUACAAAAGUCAGGGCGGAAACAAGAACAAAAGAAGGCACGCAUACGAACAAAACAGGUACCUAAGAUUAAAACAACGGCGCCUAAUGAUGUUGAGUUGUCUAAGAAACACAGGUCAAGCCCUGCAGGUAAAGAUAAUGUUAGUAGUACUGCUCAAAUGGCAGCUGCUUUAGCGCAUUCACAAUCGAAACUUAGUUCUGACAAUAACUCCUCCCAUUCUUCGGCAUUGGAUACACUAAAAGUUCUAGAAACUCCGAACUUGAAUGGCUUGCUGGGCAUUCAUUCACGCUCAAGCUCAAGAAACGGCUCCAAUGAAUCACUGACGCCUGGCCAAAGAACUCCCGACAAUAGAUCUCAAGAGAAUUUACUUACUUCCUUUAGUAGCGGUAGAAGGCUAUCCUCGAGCUCUAUGGAGCCUGCAACUAAUAAAGACAGCAACAAAGCUCUGCCCAAACGCAGGCCGUCUCCUCCCUUGCAAUCAUCACUUGUCGGCAGUGGUCAGCUUCAUGAAAAUGAAAACCUAUCAUCAAUUAGCAUCGAUUCCAGACAUAGUCUCAAUCCGGACACUUCAGACGUUAUUUCUAAUAGGUCACAAACAAGUCUAUCUCAAACAAUUAAUCAACUCUCGUUAUGUGAAUCAGAGCCAUCUAUUGCAAGCUCAAACACUACUACUACAACGAGCAACCAGGGAAGUGGUUUGCCCAACUUGGUUCCGAACUAUUCAUCCGAUAUGAGGAAGAAGAAGCUUGUUAACAAGUUCAAAAGGAAAGUAUUUGGUAGUAAGCCCAAGCACUUAUCUUCACAAUAUGAAAUGGAUGCAAGCAGCGAAGAACUGGGACAACAUGAACAACAACCGAGUAUGAGAUUUAAAACAACAUUACGUAAAACCUCUGUAAGUACAAACGCAGAAAAUGAUCAUGCAUCCUCUCUACAUGAGGGAAAUCUGAGGUAUAAGUACAAUCCGUCCAACGACACGUAUGAUGUGUAUGACGAUACUGAUUCUGAUUCUGAAUCUGAUCAGAACCAGGACGCCUUGACCAAGCCACGCAAAAGAGAUAGAAUUAAGAGAAAGAUCAGGAAUUCUGCCAAUAAAACUGCACAUCAUAGGCCUAUCCACCGCACGAGAGAUCGGAAAUUCAAUGAGGAUAAACCCUGGAAAUCACAUACAGAUAUAACUUUCGUAACAGACAACGAAAGGAAGCGUUACGAAAGCAUGUGGGUAAGCAACAGACACCGUCAUUUGAACCUGUUGAGCUGGUGGCCCUCUAUAACGGGUGAUUCCGGAGCAAUUAAUACUUUACCCGAAGAUGGAUUGAUAUUGGGUAUCAUAGUCCGUGAUAUCUGGAAGCGGUCUAACUUGCCCAAUAGUCUAUUGGCAGAAAUUUACACGAAGGUAGACACAAGAAAAGAUGGUACUUUAGAUAGGAAAUCUUUUAUUGUGGGUAUGUGGCUGGUCGAUCAGUGCCUGUAUGGCAGAAAACUUCCCAAUGUUGUCGAGCAAUGCGUUUGGGAUAGCGUAGAUAGAUAUGCUUCCACCACGGUUGUGCCAGUGAGUACGCUAAAGGCGAUGGCCAAACAAAAGAGAAAACAGAUGAAAGAAGAAAUCAAGAAUAUCAAGAAGGAAAACCGUGUAGUUCUUGUAGACCACAAUAGCUCGUCGUGA